AUGCAAGUGGCGAGAGGCGUGCAGUUCUCCACGGUGGUCGACGGCGAGCUGGCGGCGCUGGUCCACCGGAACGCGGUGGUGGUGUUCACGGUGGGCGGCUGCUGCAUGGGCCACGUGGUGAAGCAGCUGCUGCUGGGGCUGGGCGUGGGGCCUGCCGUGGUGGAGCUCGAAGGUGGUGCCGAGAUCCAAGGCCUCCUCCUCCGCCUCUCCGGCGGGCGGAAGGCGGUGGUUCCGGCGGUUUUUGUGGGCGGCGAGUAUCUGGGCGGGGUCGAGGCGGUCAUGGCUUGCCACAUCAGCGGAGCUCUCGUCCCACUCCUCAAAAACGCCGGCGCUCUUUGGCUUUGA